UGCUGGCGCGCUCGAUCCAGAAUGCAGAGCAAAAUGAGAUUCGGAGGUCGGUGAGGGAAGAGUCGUUUGCACGGCGGAGCGAGCAAAUGGCGGAGGACCAGAGGGAGCGUGAUGAAAGGAACCUGGACCGUCAACACGAGAGGGAUUUGCGUGCCGACGAGCGACAGGCCGACUUCCAGAAGUGGCCCUUAGAGAGGCUUCCUAGCAUGAGUUGUGCUUUCAUACGCGUGGAUGGGAACCCGACGCGUAGCUCGGCAUCUGCGGGAACGGAGUUCCUGAUCUCACUCACCAUGGAACUCUUGAACAGCUUCUUUCAAGAGGCCAUGGUCGAGAUCGUGGAGGAAGCGAAGAAAGUGCUGGCGAGCCAGCCACAGAUCUCCGUCGUGUACAUGGUCGGCGGUUUCUCCGCGAGCCCCCUGUUGCAAGGCCAUGUUACGGAUGCGUUGCAGACGCCAAGUUGCCGCGUCCAGGUCGUCGAGAAGCCGGGCGUAGCCCUUGCGGUGGGCGCAGCUCUGUUUGGGCGCAGCGAAUCCGCGAUUGUGGCUCGCAAGGCCCGCUUGACAUACGGAACCAGGUCCGUCACCCGGUACGACGAAGAAGAUCCGAACCAUACCCGCCGUAAGGGUCAAGCGCGCUACAUCGGUGGCACUUUGUACCUGGAGAAGUUCAGCUGCUACGUGGAAAAAGGGGUGGACCUGCCAGUGGGGACGGGUAGGCAACACACGUUCCAUCCCGUGACCGAACGCCAAAACGAAAUAGAGUUUGACGUUUGUAUUUCGCUGCAGACUGCAGCGGACAUUGAGUACGUCAAGGAUGAAGGGGUGAAUCAUAAACUAUGCACCUUGAAGACUCUUACAGUGCCCGUUGAUAUGUCCGUCCGCUUGUCUGAAAGGGGGGUUGUCAUGAAGCUAUAUUUCGGUGGUACCGAUCUCGGCAUCAAGUGCACCAGGUGCACGGACGGGCACGAGGUGGCCGCGAACACGGUGUUUGUUGAAGACAUCGAAGAUACCCGCUACGGGAUUGAUAUGUAA